CCAGAUUUGUUAAGCCUAAAAACAAAGAAAUUGGCCCUUGUAAUUGCCAAUUUGAUUAGUGUACGGUGUGUGUUUGGGCCACAAGGCCCACAACCAAAACGACACCGUUACCGAAAAGGACGAGUCCCACCGCCUCAUCUGCCUAAAGCUCAGGCGCCGCCGGUCUCCCUCUGUGGACCGAGGGAGAGUUCUCUUCUAGCGGCGGCGAGCAAUCUGGGCCGUCUAUUCCAUCAGCAAUCGAGCUUUCCAAGCCUCCAAAGUUAUCUCUAUCCUUCGGCAGAUCCGAACCCUCGACCUCAGCGAUUCGACUUCUUGCUCUUCGACGCAGCGAAAACAAUCUCAUCAAGAAAACCCAAGGAACCAGAAGGUGAGGUGUCGGAAAACUCAGAGAAGGUCGAAAGUGAAGACGAUGGUGCUCGCAAUGGCGAUGCUGAAGAUGAGGAUGAGGAUGAGGACAGUGAUGGCGUUCAAGUGAAUAAAGAGACAGGUGAGAUCGGAGGUCCCAGAGGUCCCGAACCUACUCGCUUCGGCGAUUGGGAACGAAACGGUGGGUGCUCUGAUUUCUGA